UUCCGAUGAUAUGGUGGGGAAUUAAGAAACAAGUAUCACAUAUAUAAAUCGUUCGGUACGUUCUGCAACUUCAUAUCAUUACCAAUCCUUGCACUCGGCGGUCACGUCGUGUUUUUCGUGUGUUUCGUUUGUUUGAACUCCGGUUGUGGAGCCGUCACUCCGAGUGGACGUGCGUUUUUUUCUCCAUUUUUCGCGGAACAUUUGAAGAAAAAAGGAAGUGAGAAAGCGAACUUUUCCCAACGCAAAAAAAAAGAAAACAUAAAUAAGUGAUCCGCAAGUGACAAAAAAAAAACAGCAGAUAAAAUGGCAUUCAGUUACAAAGUUCUUACGGUGUUAUGUGUGGUGGCAAUGGUGACGGCCUUACCAGCAGAAGAUACUCGCACCUCUCGGAAUGCUAUCAACACGGAAGGUGACUUGAUGGGCAGCAUCUACAAGGAUUGUUUGCAGUCGGAUUCGGUGUCCUGUGUCAAGUACAAGAUCUUCAGCUUUUUCGAUAAAGUUGUGGCCAAGCGUAGUGCAUUUUCCUUGAGCGAUGGAGUAACCGUGGUGAAAACUCCUGGCGUCGAAACCGACGGUGCCCCAAGAUCGCUGAGCGGCGACGAAUCCAUUGAACAGUUGAUCCUGUCUCGUGUGCAAAACUUCUUGUCCACUCACACCAUCAAGGUUGACCUGAAAGGAUCGGAUAUCGUGAAUGCCGUUACAUCGACCGGAAGGGCUUUGGAAGAUGUUUCGGAGAACCUGCUGGAGGAUGAUGAAGAUGCUGCUGGUGAAGCUCGUGGUAAGAAGAAGAAGGCUGCCAAAAUCCUGGGUCCCUUGAUGUUGGCCGUUGCUCUGAAGGCUGCUGCUCUGCUGCCACUGCUAUUGGGAGCAAUUGCUCUGAUUGCCGGUAAGGCUCUGCUCAUCGGCAAGAUCGCUCUGGUGCUGUCGGCCAUCAUCGGUCUCAAGAAGCUGCUGUCACAGGAAAAACACGUCACGUAUGAAGUUGUAGCCCACCCACACCACACCAGCAGCCAUUCCACGAGCCACGGUGACGCUUACUCGCUGGGAGGAUCGUUCGGUGGUGAUACCGGCAGUUACGGUGCAAGCUCAGGACACGGAGGUGGUGGCUGGGGACGUGCUAUCGAUGCCCAGGACCUCGCCUAUCAGGCCCAGAAACCGUAAACAUGCACAUCUUGCCUGCACCAUGGACCUGGAAACGACAGUCGAAACAUUAGUUACACGAAUUUCGCAACUGAUUGCAAGAGUACUCCUUAGAGGAGUUAACUUUUAAGCCCCCCAAGUACCGACUAAUACUCAAAUCAAUGAGUGCAUUAUUGAUGUCAUUGGUUAUGCUCUUAUUUAUUAAAAUUAAUUAGACGAUUUUGCCUUUCCGAGGGUAGAUUAAAUUAUUUAAUUUGAAAGGAACAUAUUUCAUUUGCGUGCGAGUAGGCGAUAGGAGUAACUUAAUUUAUUUAGCCAAGAAUACAAGCAAGCCAAGCAAGUAAAGCAGGACAAAAAUCGAAAAAAAAUGAUACCAGAAAUGAAACGCAUAUUGUGUGUAGAACAUCUAAAGCCAAGCAAAGACAUUUAUAUAUCUCUCUCUCACUCUCUAGUUUCAAACAAACUUCUCUGUAGUUGAAAGCGUAGUCUCUCUAUUUAGCUAGUUUUUAGCACCUACUUAUCUUAAGAAUUGCUGACUGUCUAUUGUACUAUAAUGUUUCCUUCGACUAUUAAGCUACUGUUUCACUUCUCUACCCUAAACCUUCCCAUUCACCUUUCUUCCCCCUUUGUUGAAAAUGCACAAUUUCUUUUCACUGUUCAUGCUGUCAUUUCUUCUCUCAUCUAUUGUAGAAAAAGUACAUGAACAGAGAAAAACAAACACAUCCAGUCAUCUACUCAAGCAACGAAAUGCUGUAAGUUUGAUCAGUUCCCGAUUCUUUCGUCCACAUUCCUAUCAUACAUGGAAAAGACGUCCUGUCACACACGACAGUGUAAACUGCAUCCACCGAACAGACCUUACUGACUAACUAACCUCUAUUCAUGUCUUACCCGUCGUACCGUCAUUAUUCUACUCUACCUCUCCCCUCUCAGAAACACCUUCGCUCUAUCCUGUACUAACCGGUCCUUCUCGAUCGAGUGAAGGGCACUCAGUGAAAACCAGUUUUGUUGUGAAAAUAAUAAUAAAACCGAAAUAUAGA